CAUUAUCUCCAAAAGAAAACGCGGCCUCCUCACGACGUACGUGGCCGCAAGUUCAUCCUCCAAUCUUUCCCACGUCCCCCAGUUUUCUCCUCCAUUUCUCCCUCCUCCCCUGGCCGCAUCUCCAGGGGAAAGGAAGCGAGGCUCAGGGAGGGAGUGUGGCACGAGCGCGCCCACCCCUGAAAAAUGGCGGCCUCCCUCUGGCUCCCUUCUCCUCCUCUUCACAGCGCCGUCUUCCUCUCGACCAACCACUCCCCCUCCCCCUCUCCUCCUUCGGCGUCUGCGUCUCCUCUGCUGCACAGGAAGCACGCACCGGCCAGAGCCAGAGGCAACCUUGCCUGCAGCUCAUCCGGUAGCUCCUCGUCCUCUGCUUCCCCUGUUGUGACCAAAGAUCAAGAGGGAGCAGCAGCAGCAGAGGCGACGUCCCCUGCCCCUGCCCCGGCGGCCGUCAGAUACGACUACAAAGAUGACCCCAACUUCAGGGGGUGCAAGGGGUGCGGCCGUGAGGAAACCGAGAGGGGCUGCAACGGCGAAGGGCGGAUCAUGGGCGGCAUAGCCGCCGUCCCCUUGUUCGGGUGGUGGCCGAUCAAGGCCUACCGGCCGUGCCCCGGCUUCGUCGCCUCCGGCGGCCGGUACCGGCGCUACGGCCAGAGCAUGGACGACGUCAUAGCCGGCAAGGGACGGAAAGUCGCCUCCGACAAGAAGAAAAGUGAAAAAUGAUCCACCUCAAGGAACUGCAGUGCACCUGGCCAUGUUGUGUAAUAGCUCAAGGAACUGCAGUGCAAGUUCCAGAUUUGACUUGGCCAUGUGCUGGAGAAGGGUGUCCAAACCUCCCAGAUUUUGUUUCAGUCUUGACGUUGUCUAGCUAGGUCAGAUUAUUCGAGAGCGUUGCCUGCUGAAUCAAUUCCAAUAUUGAAGUUUUGUACGUAGCUCCGCAUCGACGGCAAAUGUACUCCACUCUUCUACCUGGUGCUAAUGUUUACAUCUUGCUUGCCAAAUUUAAUAGCGGCAAAACA